AUGGCUUGUGAUCCACGAUGCCUGUACGAUCUCCCAAAUGAGAUACUAGUAUCCAUCCUCUCUGGCUUCGCAACCCAAGACCUCCUCCCCUUGGUCGUAGUCUCGCGCCGUUUUCAUUCCAUCAUCCUCAGAAUCCUGCAUUUCCGACUCCUCCUCGCCGCGGCUCUACCGGACUACAAGCUGAUCCUCGAGGCGUACCACCCGAGCAAGCGAUACAGCGACCCGUAUUUGUUCUGCACAUACCUGGGCACAGAUGGUCUGAGUUCAAAGCACGAAGGUGAGGGGAGCCUCUAUGAAGACUGUGACGGGGAAGAAGGCAGGCUCGCGAAAUUGGGUGGCCUGUACAGUCGCUUCAGACCCGAGCGGCCGGGAGUACAAGGGUCAAUGCCUGCGCGCCGGAUUGCCGGUGCUGUGCUGAAUACUACAUCAUCAUCAUCAUCUUCUUCUUCUUCCACGUCCACAAAUACUGGAACUAUGCCCAUCUACGCCGACGGAGGCGAUGGAGGUUUCACAAAGGUCACACACACCCUGAAUCUCGAUGCCGACGAGCUGUUCGGCCAGUUUUGCGCCUAUGCGAGUCUGGUGAGGCUCGGGCCCCGGAGAGGCGUCUUCCUGAGCAAUGUACACAUUGUGCGGUCCGGCCAAGGCGUUAUGCGAGUGUGGAAGCAGUGGCUCCAGGACCGCGCCCAGGAUCUAUGGCAACAAGAGCAGGAAGGGCCGGAGGGUGUGCAAAUGGAGCCGACACCGACCAUGAGUUGCCCCACGAUAGGAGCGGACAAAAACAUCAUGUGGACCGACUACAGAAAGAAUGUCGGCCUGCGGGUUGCAGUGCGUGAUCGGAAUGAAUUGUGUUAUGGGAAUCGUGCUGUCGAUUUCGACGAUAUGCCAAUGAGCUUCGCCAUAGAGAUCCAAGAGCUGGUUGUGCGAACAACGCAUCUGAUGCUGGCCGUGGAGGCGUCCACCCAGCAACAGGGCAAUAUAUCAGGUAAAGCCCUUAUAUUUGGCAAUUUCGCCACCGCAGCCUUGCCAUAG